AUGGCCAACCCUCACGCCUUCGGGGACGCUGCCUUCUCCCCCGAAGAUAUGCCUUUUGGGAAUCCCUCCUACCACGAGCUAGAAAGCAACUUUGGGAUCUCGAGCAUGAGCUGUAUCGACCCGAGCCUCUCCAACACCCCAUCGGACUCCUACCUCCACCACAGCUGGGCGGCUCCCGCACAUCACGCCUCGAAGGAGAACCAUCAGCCCAUCUUCCUUGCUCCCGAGAUUCCUGUCCGGACACCGAGCGACCAUUCACCCAUCCAGACGGCCGCAGGGAUCACCUCGCAUCCCCGCUUCACCAGCCCUCUCCCUUCCUUCGAACAUACGUCUAGCAACGUCCUCAGCCCUUCCGACACCGAGUCGUACUACGACAACUACCCUACCACGCCUCCUGACACGACCCUGUUCUCGCCAUCCCAGGCCCCGCUACCUCUAGAAGGUUUCGCACAUGCCAUGCAAUUCGGCGCCAUGGGUCCCAACUUUCCCAACUUUGUUCGUCCGUUCGACAUCAACCCCAACCAGCAACCGCCCGAGUACUCUGAGAGUGACGCCGGUCUGAUCGACUUCAAUACCACGGCCGGCUACUAUGACACCAGCCCCAUUGUGGGCUUUGGGCCCGGGAACCCUCAGCUCGAGCAGAUGCCCGUCACAGACAAGGAAGACACCGGGCCAAUGAGCCAAUAUCCCCCACUGGAGGAGACCGCGCACUUUCCUGGGGAUGUGUCAGCCAAACGGCCGAAGAACGACAGUGAUGAGGACUAUCAACCCCGCAAGAGGCGAAAGUCGAACGCCCGGGCAACGGGACGACGGGGAGCCAAGGCAACAACGACUGUUGCUGCUACCUCAUCUCCUUCGCGCCGGACCCGAGCCCGGGCGACCAACCCAGCCCCAGCCACGGUUCCACGCACGAUCCCGUCCUCUUCUGCCGGGAAGUUUCGGUCUAACUGCCCGGACUGCAAGCGUGCCUUUCCCUCCAGGGGCGAACUCGAGACACACAUCAAAAAGGAGCAUCAUCGUCCGUUCAACUGUGUCUUUGACUUUGCCGGAUGUGAAUCAACCUUUGCUACCAAGAACGAGUGGAAGCGUCACGUCUUGACCCAACAUCUCCUCCUGUACUACUGGGCCUGUCAAGAAGGCACCUGCGAGAACGCCAAAGACUCCAAUCCCGAACACCCCCAGCACGCUACAUCACCGGGUUCCACAAACCCUACCGGCAAUAUCUUCAACCGCAAAGAUCUCUACACGCAGCACCUCAAGCGCAUGCACGCUCCCCCGGAACUCAAAGACAUCCUACCACCACCCGGCAAACGGUCGUCCUCUUCCACUUCCAAGUCCCACGCCGGUAGCAAGAAUUCCAACAACAAAGACCCGGCUACCGCGACCCUCGAAGCCAAAUGGAACGAUCAUGUCAAACAGCUCCAGGCUAAAGCCAUGCACCCGCGCUGCCACCUGCCCACCUUGAUGCGCUGCCCCGUGCCGGACUGUGGAGCAGAGGCUUUCCGCGGCGAAAAUGCCUGGAACCUGCGCAUGGAGCAUGUUGCAAAGCACAUGGACCGGACUCGGACUGGCGGCGCCGGUAGCGGUAGCAAGCUGGCUCGUGGGUCACCUAACAGCCCGAAUGGCAAGGGUGUCGUGGUUUUCGGUGGAGAGGAAGACCCGACGCUUGUGCAAUGGGCGUCUAGCAAAGAGGUGGCUAUUAUUGUGCCACGCGAGAGCGAGGCUGGCCAUGAUGCCGAGGCAGGAGAUGGAGAGGAAGACACAGCAAGGGGGAAGUGGAUACUCCGGAGCCCGUUGAAGAGGGGCCCGGGCGGAAAUGUGGUUGUGGAGGAGGAGGAAGAUGCAGAAGAGGAUCUCGAUGCUGACGCUGAUGCGGAUGGGGAUGAGGAUGCGGAAGGCGAGGAGGACGACCUAGAGUAA